AGAAUUCCGGUACAUUUUGGUGGAAAGGCUGACCACAACUCCAUUAGUGAUAUUCUACUGAAGAGACCGUCCAAUGGAGUGAAUGACCAGAAUUGGGAAUUCCUUUCUCUAGGAAUCGGAGGUUUCGGAGGACUGAAAGUGUCGGUCACGAGAGGGGACAGUCAGGUGAACGUCAGUACUAUUUAUGGUUUGAGCGCCGGAUCUCUGACUGUCGCUGAAAGUGAGACACAAAAUGGCGAACAAAUCAAAGACAUUACUCAACCAUUAGUUGACAAAUACGUCAAACCUAUUGAGGAGAAAGAUGGCGGUGACGGCACUCUAAUAGUGGUGGCCGGAGAGGAAAGGGAUGGCACUCUUGUGAUCAAUAAAUCGGGACAUUUGUCUGUCGGGUCUCUAAGUGGCUAUAAAUUGGGCGCAUUUACGACGGUUUCAAAGCGCGGAUAACUCUCGAGUUAUUUAUUAAUUUAUAAUAUUUAUUAUGUUUUAGUUUAUUAAUAAUUAA